UGGUAAUGUUAAACUUCUGGGAAAGCUAGUAGUCGAAGCACAGGAAGUGGACCGAACUGUCACACGUACUGAGACUUUACUACCAGUCACGACUCUAGGAGCUACACGGGGAGUUUUCUACCCUCAAAACGACAGGGUUUGCGCUCGGGAAGGACAAUUCUACCCGGACCGACCGACUGGACAGAAGUUCGCCAUGGCACGUAAGCUGUCGUGCCGAAAUUUCGCGGGGAUUUUGGUCCUGUUCAGCGUGCUUGGAGCUGCUUCCUUUGGACAAGAAAUGGCUCCACCGCCAUUCCUUGACACUGACCAAUCAGAGCUCACGGUAGAUCCCGGGGACAGUCUCACAGUGACCUGCAAGGGUCGCGCUCCUCUCAGCUGGAGUCAUCCCGAAAACUUUGGCGCCGACACGGCAAGCAAAAUUUCCAUCGAAGUUCUUGGGAACGGAACAAUGAAGGGAGAAUAUGCCAGUAUUCUGACGAUACGGAACAUGACGUCAUCUGACACCGGCAGGUACCGGUGUUACUAUAGCGACACACUGCCCUCCGACAUUGAAGACAGCUAUAAUGCAGCAAGCGUCUACGCGUUUGUAAAAGAAGCUAGCCAGCUGUUUGUGAUGAUGACACCUAUGAAUGUCCUAACGACUCAGAAGUACCGUCCUGUCACCAUUAAGUGUCUUGUGACAGACCCUGAAGCAGAAGUAACGCUGUGGACCAAGACGCCAGAGAAACAAAUCAUCAUUGAUGGCAGUGAGAUUACGUAUGACAAAACGAUGGGCUUCACGCUGUAUAACCCAACGCCUCGGAACAACGGUCCACACAUGUGCAAGGCCACUGUCGGGAACACAACUGUGGAGUCCCAGACUUUCUACCUAUUUUACUUUGGUGAGGCCCAGAUGCCGUACCCAAAACUGACCACCAACAGCCCCCUGGUGACCGUAGGGGAGACGUUCCGGCUCAAGUGUGAAGUUCGAGGCCCGCUGGACGGACUUCUGUUCUUCAACUGGUCACUUCCGGGAGCAGAUGUGAUUGGAGGAGGCAUCAUCCAGAAUGACAGCAAGAAAGAGGAAGACUCGGGCACAGAGCGAUACAUGUUGUUUACCAGCGUACUUACUGUACGUGAGGCAACUGUCGCCAAUGGUGGCGAAUACGUCUGUCAUGCUCGCAACCGUGCCGGGUCAGCGAGUGACAAGAUUCGUGUCAAUGUCCUGGAGAGUGGGUUUAUUCACGUUGAAUGUGCUGAUGGCAACACUACCCAGGCUAUGGUGGGCACCAGGCACAAGAUCAUCUGUAGUAUCAAUGCUUACCCAGAACAAGUGCAGCUCACCUGGUACAAGGAUGGACACAAAAUCAACAAGAGUGACAGUAACUUCCUCAUCAAGGCUCGGGACCAGCGCCUCAAUAUCCUCAACGUGGCCCCAGAGCAUGCUGGGAUAUACACACUAGAGGCCCGCAACAGAGAUGUCGCCGUCAACAGCAGUGUGCAACUACUUGUCUACAUGAAGCCCACAGUGCAGAUUGAGAAGACAAGUCCACACUUCCAGAUGAAGGGGGAGAAGUCUGUGUUGACCUGUACAUCUGAGGGGCUGCCUGAGCCCACGUUCAGCUGGUUCUGGAAACCCUGUGGAGGGGAGAAUCCUCUAAGGUGUGAGCCUUCACUGCAGGCUGCCUGGCAAGUCUUCUCCCUCAGGAACCAUCCCAACGAGCCUCUUCAGCUUCAGCAGGAGAUGUCGUCUGACACAGAUGGCACCAAGGUCUACACCAGCAGACUCACGCUAAUCAACCCAACACAGAACGGCUUCUACAUGUGCACGGCAACAAACAGAUACGGCAACAGUAGUGCUAUGGCCGAGUUUCUUGUCACUGAUGUCCCAAAUGGUUUUGGUGUGCAGUUUGACUUGCUGGACAAAGUAGAAGGCGAUGAGGACAUCACGUUCAGUUGUCAAGCCAACAAAUUCAAGUUCACCAGCCCCACCUGGCACCGCCAGUAUCCAGACAACGUGACAGAAGCCGUGCCAACCUCGGCAAUCAAGACAAAACAUACAGAAUACUCCAACAUGGUGGUCCUGACACUGGGCCGCGUGGAAGUAGAGGAUGCUGGGAAAUAUGUGUGCAUGGCGGAGAGUCGGGAGGAUGGCGAGCUUAUCAAGGCUGAGACUUUCUUAUAUGUUGAAGCAAUGGUUGCACCCACAAUGACAGUGGGAUUAUGGGACCGUACAGUAGACGCGUCCAACACCACCUCCAUGUCGCUAACCUGCCUAGCGGACGGCGUGCCUUCCCCCGAGAUCCGCUGGUUCCAUGACGGUGAGGCAGUGUUGGGAGACGUGGCCGGGAUCCAGCUGGAGGCAGGCGGUGAGCGAUUGGUGGUGGAGCGGAUAUCAGCCGAGGAUGCUGGGAUAUACACCUGCACGGCCGUGAACAGGGCCGGCAGCGUCUCCAGCAACGGGACAGUCACUAUCGAAGGUUUACCCUCAGCUGUACAAGGGUUAAUGAGCACUGACCAGAAAAUCAUCCUGGGUUGUCUGCUGGUUGUACUGGCUGUGGUCUGUGCUGUUAUUGUGUUGCUGGCUUGGAAACUGCACAAGAGGAGGAAACUGUACCAGUACAUCUACAAGCUGGACCCAGACCUACCCAUCGAUGAGCAGACAGAACUGCUGCCAUACAACAGCAAGUGGGAGUUCUCCAGGGAGAGGAUGAAGAUAGGUAAAACUUUGGGUCGUGGUGCUUUUGGACAAGUCAUGGAGGCGACAGCCUUUGGAAUCGAGAAGGACAAACAGUGCAGUACUGUGGCAGUCAAGAUGCUGAAAGAUGAUGCCUCAUCCAAUGAGGUGAAAGCUCUCAUGGAUGAGCUGAAAAUCCUGAUCCACAUCGGCCAGCACCUGAACAUUGUCAACCUGCUAGGGGCCUGCACCAAAGACGGCCCGCUCUAUGUCAUUGUGGAGUGUUGUAAGUACGGCAACCUUUCUAACUACCUGCGAGGGAAGCGGAAGGGCUUUGUGGAGACGAAGGACCAGCUGGCCAGGUCCAACUCAUCGUCAGGGUACGACAACUGUCGCUACGUCGACAGCCCCAACGGAAAAUGUCUCAGGACUGUUAGCAAGGAAGGAAUAAUGAACUAUGACUACACCUGUGAUGAUGGGGAGCCCCUGACUCUGGAAGACCUGGUGUCUUACUCCUACCAGGUGGCUCGUGGCAUGGAGUACCUAGCCUCCAAGAAGUGUAUCCACCGUGACCUGGCUGCCCGUAACGUCCUACUUGCCAAACACAACGUGGUGAAAAUCUGUGACUUUGGUCUGGCACGAGACGUCUACUGCAACCCUGAGUACGUCAAAAUGGGAAAUGCACCCCUGCCAGUGAAGUGGAUGGCUCCGGAAUCUAUCUUUGACAGAAGCUACACUAUCCAGAGUGACGUUUGGUCCUAUGGUGUGCUACUGUGGGAGAUCUUUGAGCUUGGUGGCUCCCCGUACCCUGGUGUUCAGAUCAAUGAGGACUUCUUCGACAAGCUGAGACAAGGUUUCCGCAUGAGGCAGCCCAAACAUGCGUCUGAUGAUCUGUACCAAAUGAUGCUGACCUGCUGGAGAUUGGAGCCCACCGAGCGCCCCACCUUCACCGACCUGGCAGAGAGCAUGAGCAGCCAGCUGGAGGCAACGGCUGAACAGGAGUACCUUGACCUUUCACCUGAAAUCCAUGACGACGAGGAUUCUGGGAUACCCAGCUCGCCCACGGAGACGGACAGCUUCCUCCCGACAUUCCCCACAGACGAGGAGCGCCGGACGUCCCGCCCCGCCAGCGGAAACUACGACAACAGCAGACCGGAGAGACAUUCCUACGGUGACAUUGUGGACGAGGAAGAGGCUGUGAAGAUACUGAUGGACCAUCCGGGACAGCGAGCGAGUUACCAUAGCGAUGCCAAGGCCCUACCCAAUGUAAGCCUGGGUGUUCGGAAAGGCCAAGGAAGCAGCAAGAGCAACGACUCCGUCUCCUCCAGCGACUCCCACAAUUCCAGUGGAUUCCACUCCUACGACGAAGCACCCCCGGACUACAACACGGUUGUCACGACAGAUGUGUGAGACGUUUCUCUGAAUGGAAAUGCUAAAUGUUAAAUGUUAGUUGCACACUUAAUUACAUUGUAAAGUCUGACUGUGCAAAAUUGUAUAAUGCAAGAAACAUGUACCACUUUACCAGUUUACUAGUACUGUUGUGUUGUAACAAAGCAUUGAAGAUGUUUCCAUGGAAUUUUCUCAUCCCACGAAACGUUCAGUCAACUAUAUGACAUUGAAUAAUCAGUUAAUGAUAGUUGUCUUUACAUAUCUGUUAGAUUUUGCUUUUGUCUACAUCAAGUUCAAUUGCAGUUCAUAUGAACAAAUACCUCAUUUGUUAGAGGCAGCUCUCUUGAGGCUAACAGCAUACUUAAGAAAGUCUUUUUUGAUUCAACAUCUAGAAUGAAUGUACACGUAUAAGAAUUUCAUAAUGAAGUUAGGAGAUAGAUUCUUCACUGUGGAGUUCUCUAUUGUAGAGUACUGGUCAACAGUAUAAAUUUAGUUAACACACAUUUUACAUGUAACAAGAGGGACAACAUGCAAUACAUUUUAAAGUAGUGUUCCUGCAGUAAAGAUGUAUAUAUAACAGAGUAGUAAGCAUAAUAUGCUAAGUAGUGUAGUUUUAGUCCUUUCAUAUGUACAUGUGUACUAGCUGGAGGAGAGCUUCACUUCUUUUGUUGGUGGUGAAGUGUUUUUUUGCUCUAACUUAAUGUAUUUUGUAUUUUGACUUUGUAUUUUGAAUUGUCAGUUUAAUUUUUCUUCAGGAUAGCAGUCACAUUGAGUGACCAAUUUUUUCUGUAUUCUCUGUACAUAAAAUGAUAUGAUAUAAACCUUCAAAAGGAACAAUUUAGUAAAAGAAGUAAGUGCUUUGAUAAGUAAUAGUAUAAUUCCGGGUAGACCACUUAGAAACUACAUUUGUAUGUAGUGUAGGCAUUGAACUUAAUGUUAUUUUGUAAUAUUUCGUGAGCUGAUAUGAAGAAACAGUGUACAAAGAUAAUGUAACUGUUAUGUGUUUUUAAAAAAUUCCUGUCUAUACUGGCUAGAAACCAGUAGUUAGCCCAGCUACGUCACUGCCUCACUUCUUAAAGAUUGAAGUGACUUUUUGUGAGAUGUCUGUCUUAAGACAAUGAAUGUUUGUCUUUCAAAUGCAUUACUUCAUAAAUUUUGAGCUGAGCGCAACUCAUCAUGUACUUUCAAUUUUAUAUGAUAUUUCUUUUGAAUUUUUGAAUGUAUUAUCUUGCUGGCACAAUAAGUAUGUUAAAAGCAUCAUUUGUUUAG